UUUAAAACUACCGGUCUUACUUCGUACGAGGAAAUGGGGAAAAAAGGAGUAUUCGUGGAUGGAAAUUUUAAAAUGUUACUAAAGCAUUUUUGUCUGGAAGGGACUGUGUUAGGACUCAAGUAUUUUUAUUUAUAUCCAGAUAGAGUAUCAAGAUGCUUCUGGGCGGUAACUCUGAUACUCAUAGUGAUGUUCGCAUGCAGCCUGACAUGGUUGUUAUACGGCCGCUUCAACGAGAUGCCGACUCGCAUCACCAUCGAGAACCAGUAUCAGUCCCUCGACACCCUGCCGUUCCCGGCCAUCACCAUCUGCUCGCCCAACCAGAUGACCCUGAGCUCUAUGAGACACUUUAACAAAACCUUGAUCGAUGGUAACACUACAGUGAAUCUGGAGAAAGCCCUUCCCCAACUGCUGGGUUUCUAUUCGAGUGUCCCGGUUAUUGACGAUGAAGAAUUAAGGCGUCUUCAGAGACUCAUUGACGAAAACCGAUACACAGUACCUGAGGUAAUGGGACUAAUGCCCCAAAGCUGUGAGAACUUCCUAAAGCUUUGCUUGUUCAAGCUGAAGGUACGGCCUUGCAGUGAGCUAUUCCGUCCCAUUCUCACCAAGCAGGGGCUGUGCUGUGCGUUCAACAGCGUCUACUCGUUCAAAGAUAAAAGACGGAACGAAAGAGAUCCACACUUCAAGCCGCACAUGGCGACCACGCGGGGCAUCUACGACGGACUGCGAGUCGUGGUGGACUACGAGCCGGAAGACGCCUUGCCGAGGACCUUGUUCCACGUCGGCGCUAUCAGGGUAAUGUUCACGGAUUGGACCGAGUUCCCUGCUGAUGACGAGACUAACCUUGUAUGUCCGCGCGUCGAGGCCUUCCACAGCAUCCAAGGGACCUACACCUACUGCUCGGAAGAGGUCACCAGCCUGCCUCCUAAUAGUCGCGAAUGUCUCUUCGAGAACGAGCGUCGGCUGCAAUCGUUCGUGGAUUACCAUAACUCCGAUUGCGACCACUUGUGCUACAUCCGAGCCGUGGAAAAGCACUGCCAUUGCAGGCCAGUGUACGUGCCGUACGUGGGCACACGGUCCUGUGACGUCACUAAGAUACGAUGUAUCAGCAAGGUACCAGACCUGUUAAAUAAUGACGGUAUAGUGGACUGCAACUGCCCGCGAGACUGUGUAUCCAGGAUGUACACCGUUGAUCUGAGCCUCGGGAACCUUAGAGCGCUGCCCCACAUGGUUUACAACCCUUAUUCUGCAAUCCAGUUCAACGAAAGCACGACCAUCCUGCAUUUCUUCUUUCCUACCUCCGUGUAUGUGAAGAAGAAACAGGAAACUGUUAUGUCGCUAAUCAAUUUAGUCUCAAACCUCGGCGGUAUAUUCGGCCUCUGCAUGGGUGUGAGUGCGGUCAGCGUAAUGGAAAUGAUAUUCUACACGCGCAAGGCCGUCGAGAAUUAUCUCAGGAAGCGGCUGCGGCGCGCCGUGGAGGACCAAAUGCGACAAUACAGGAAACGUGAUUAUUGAA